AUGAAUGAAAUCGAUGAUAAAUUUUACUAUGUGUAUAGUUCAUCUUUAGAUCAUAAAGUAGAAAUAAAAGUAGGUACACUUGAAGGGAAGAGGUCAAAACCUGAAUAUGACAAAUUAUUAUCCGAUCCUAUGCUCAAAUUCUCAGGAUUAUACCAAGAAGGCUGUUCCGAUUUGUAUGUCACAUGUCAAGUAUUAUGUGAUGGGGUGCCUCUAGCUCUACCUGUUACUACAUCUUAUAAAGCUUUUACUAAUAGAUGGAAUUGGAAUGAAUGGGUGACCCUCCCAGUGUACUAUAGUGAUCUACCUCGGAAUGCAAUAUUAGCUAUGACAAUAUAUGAUUGUGCAGGACCAGGAAAGGUUAUGGUGGUGGGUGGUACAACCAUAUCCUUAUUUGGUAAACAUGGCAUGUUAAGACAGGUCGAUGAAGCCAUCGAGGCAAACCGACCUAUCGUUUCUAAUUCACCGACGAUCGAGAGGGAAAGGCAAGAGAGAGAGGACUCUUCCGGUUCCAGCAGUUCGUCAAGCAGCGAACCUGAAGAAGAGGAACCUCCGCGCAAGAAAUCAAAACGAGAUGCUCAGGUAACGGUCGAUCUCCGGAUCGACGCGUUAUACGAACAGGUCAGUUUCCUUACAAAUUUAAUUAUGCAUCAGCAAUGUGCGUCAUCAUCAAAUACAAAUGUGACCGCGAAAACCACUGACGUGAUUGAACAACCUGAACAGAAUAAUGAUGAUUUCUUGACCAAUCCUUGCUCUAUUAUACCAAAAUCAUUAGAUUUAGGUUUUUGUAAAACUGAUUUUGAUGAGAAAAAAGUUCUUAAACCAGCCGAUGAACAACGUUUAAACCAGUUGAUAACAUUGCAACAUUUUAAUUCAUCUACGUGGCAACACAUUCGGUAUAAAAAAGCAUUGGCAGACAUGCUUGCGUUCCCAGGCUUUUGUAACUUAAAAAUUAAUGACGAAAUAUGUUGUUUAAAUAAGGGCAAAGAUUUCCUGGCCUCAACGGAGGAAAUUAUGGCUGCAAUUACCAAUGCUUUACUAUACCAAAGGCAAUUGCUACAAUCAGGUUUACAGGAAAUUGUUAAUUGGUCUCACAAUAAUCCUACGGAACUGACCUCUAAUAACCUUUUUAAUAAAAUAAGCGAAAUGUUCGGUAAUUCGUCGCCAUCUUAUAAAUUAUCUGAACAAACAUUACAAAUCGUCUGCGGGAAACGAGCGGAGUGUAUAGAAACUAGGCGUAAAAGAUUAAUUAGCGAAAUUUCUGAUAAAAGUAUUCAAGCCGCUCUCGUUAACAUACCUCCCAGCGAGGAAUUUCUAUUCGAGAAGGCACAAUUGAUGUCGCUGGUGCAAUCCCUCGGCGGGCCUCAUUAUUGGUUAUCACCCCCACAAAUCUCUAAAAAUAGGGACCAAGCAAUCGGGGUAGCUAAACCAAAAUCAGUUAGGUCAUUUGUUAGUUGGGACCCAAAUGUAGUUCUGGAAUGGCUUUCAGCUAAUUCACCUAAAGAUACGCUCUUUGAAAUAUCGCGUAGAACAGCAACAGUGUUAUUGCUAGCUUCUGGACGUAGAGUCCACGAUCUUACCUUGUUGCGAAUUUCCAAAGACAACUAUCUUGAUAAUGGACAAAACAUCUAUUUAAUACCGGCAUUUGGUUCAAAGACUGACAGACAUGACUGCCGCCAAUCUGCUUGGAAGCUGUCUAAACAUCCUGAUAAGAACAUCUGCCCAGUUAGUUUAGUUAGAUGUUUAAUAGAGAAAACCAAACAAAGAAGGUCGGAUGUUAAAGACUUAGACAACCUCUUCAUUACAAUUAGUAAUAAAGUAAAAUUUGCUUCCCGUACUGUAAUAGGCAACUGGGUGCGCACAGUUCUUAAAGACAGUGGCAUUGAUGCUUCCCCAGGGAGUUGUAGGUCAGCUGUAGCUUCACUGGGGUGGUUAGAUAAUCAACCCUUAGAUGAUAUAUUAGCACGGGGCAGCACGUUAGUCUAUAGGAAAUGUUGUUUGUUUAUACAUAAAUUGCGUGUUGUGUUCAAAAAGGGAAUGUUCGACUUGCGAGUGUGGCCGGGGAUGGAGGGUAGUGAGAAAACCCCGGGGAAGGCUCCGGACCGCGGUAAGGAACAGAUGCAAAGGCUGGCCAAGUUAGCGAAGAAACAUCGGAAUGGACACAUACCAAAAGUGGACUGGUUAGACCGACUGACUUUUCGAGAGAUAGAAAUGAUAAAUGAAAAAGAAAAAAGGAGUUCUAACUACAUGUAUCUCAUGAUUGAAUUUCCAACAGUGCAAAUUGACGGGAUAAACCAUGCUGUGGUCUAUUACGAGCAGGACGGCGACGAAAUGUAUCAGUUCAGAGCUCAAGCGGAAAUUGUUACUGUGCCCGACUACGAAAUAUUACAGGAAAAUCUAGUGGAGUCCAAACAACACCGUCUCGCGCGAUCGCUCCGCUCCGCAGUGCCAGGUCGUGACGCGAAGCCCUCGGCGACGGAGCGCGACCAGCUCGCCGCACUGCUCGCCGCCCCUGCCGCUCUGGUAUCUCUGUCUGCUGACGACCAGGAUCUCAUAUGGAAGUAUCGAUUCUACUUGUCAUCUCAUCGUCGGGCUCUUACCAAAUUUCUGGCAUGUGUCAACUGGAAUCGACCGGGUGAAGUGCGACAAGCACUGUCCAUGAUGAAGCAGUGGGCGCCGAUGGACGUCGAGGACGCCUUGGAAUUGUUAACACCCAAGUUCACACACCCAGCUGUUAGAAGGUAUGCGAUAUCAAGACUGAAGCAAGCGCCGGACGAGGACUUAUUACUCUAUCUUCUACAACUAGUGCAGGCGCUGAAAUAUGAAGACUAUAUGGAAAUACACGAAGAGUACGCGCGGGUGUGCGGCAAGGAGGCGCCGGCGUGGGCGGACGCGGGUGCGCCGCGCGGCAGCCGCGCCGCCACGGUGUUAACUGCUAGCGAGAUGACCAGUUCAUCUAUGAGCAGACAGUCGGAGGAUGCGCAGGAGUCGGAGACCAAUACCGACCAUACUGCGGUUAAUGAGGACUUUGGGUUGGAGGGCGAGGGCGGGGGCGGGGGCGGGGCGUGGGGCGCCACGCUGGGCGGGUUCCUGACGGCGCGCGCGGCGCGCAACCGCACCGUGGCCAACUACCUGUACUGGUACCUGCUGGUGGAGUGCGAGGACGCGCCGCGCGCGCUGCGCCACGCCGAGCGCGCCGUCUACCUCGCCGUCAUGCGCAUAUUCUCGCAGCGCCUGGCCGACGGUAACGCAGACCACCAAAGAACACGUUCCUUCCUCGCAAGACAGCAGGUGUUCAUAGACAAGCUGGUGAAGCUGGUGAAGACGGUGGCGCGCGAGAGCGGCAACCGCAACAAGAAGGCGGAGCGCCUGCAGCAGCUGCUGGCGGACCCCGACGCUUUCAAGUUUAACUUCACCAACUUCGAACCCAUGCCCUUUCCCUUGGAUCCCAGUGUUAAUAUUAAGGGUAUAGUGGCCAAGAAGGCGAGCCUGUUCAAGUCGGCGCUGAUGCCGUGCAAGCUGACGUUCCUGACGGUGGAGGGCGUGGAGUACGAGGCCAUGUUCAAGCACGGCGACGACCUGCGCCAGGACCAGCUCAUCCUGCAGAUGAUCACCCUCAUGGAUAAGUUGCUGAGGAGAGAGAAUCUCGAUCUCAAAUUGACACCAUACAAGGUCCUGGCGACCAGCUCGAGGCACGGCUUCCUGCAGUUCAUCGAGUCGGUGACGGUGGCGGAGGCGCUCGCCGCGGAGGGCUCCAUACAGAACUUCCUGCGGCGCCACAACCCCUGCGCCGGCGCGCCGCACGGCAUCCGCCCCGACGCCAUGGACACCUACAUCCGCAGCUGCGCCGGCUACUGCGUCAUCACGUACCUCCUCGGGGUUGGGGAUAGGCAUCUGGAUAACCUGCUCCUCACACCCGCUGGGGCACUCUUCCAUAUUGACUUUGGUUACAUCCUCGGGCGCGACCCGAAGCCGCUGCCGCCGCCCAUGAAGCUGAGCAAGGAGAUGGUGGAGGCGAUGGGCGGCGUGCACUCCGACCACUACCACGAGUUCCGCAAGCUCUGCUACACCGCCUUCUUGCACCUCCGACGCCACGCCAACCUGAUCCUGAACCUGUUCUCGCUGAUGAUGGACGCGUCGGUGCCCGACAUCGCGCUGGAGCCCGACAAGGCCGUCAAGAAAGUGCAGGAUAAGUUGCGAUUGGACCUCGGCGAUGAAGAAGCCGUGCAUUAUCUCCAGAAUCUGUUAGACAUGUCGGUGACAGCGGUGAUGGCGGCCCUCGUGGAACAGUUCCACAAGUUUGCUCAGUACUGGCGUAAA